AUGGUGUUGUUAAAUGCAGAGAUCCAAACUGUAUCCGAAAUUGAAUUGACAGUAAACAAAAUCUUCACUCAGAUAGAUCGAAGGAUUCCCAGGAUAAAGGUCACUGAUCUAUCAAAUACAACUAGCGCCAAAAAUAGCAAGAUCUACCUAAAGAAUCCAAAGAACAGCUAUUGCGUUGGAGACCACGUAACCGUUCAGGUGGAUAUGUUUGAUUAUUCAGGAAAGAAGAAAACCUAUGGAGGAGACUUUUUGAGAGCAAGGAUAUCAACACCAGAGCUUGAAGCAGGGGCUUCGGGAAGGAUUGAGGAUUUCAACAAUGGUACCUAUUAUGUCCAUUUCAUCCUUUUCUGGGAAGGUAAAGUUAAUAUUGAGGUGCUUCUACUGCAUCCAAGCGAAGGGGCAUCAGCCUUGUGGACUUUUAGAAAUAAAUGGCAUGGCUAUGUAGACCAUUUGGGCAAGUUCAUAAAACCACAAGGACAGAGUGAGGUGGAAUGUGGAUUUGACCUGGACAAAAAGCAAGAACUGUGUGAGUAUAAAGAUAUACGAGAUGAAGAAUAUUUUUAUUGUGUCAAACCUCCGAAUUUUAGUUGUGACUCUCUCAGCGAAGUAAAGAGCUGGUGGAGAAACGACAAGUCAUUGUUCACUACACUUGAGAGGAGCUUAAUUAACAAGUCCAAUAUCAGAGUUGGAAUUCCAAGAGAUUUUCAUCAAAUUGAUGUAUCAAGCUGCAACAAAGGUAAGGACAAUUCCAACCAAGAAACAUGCAAAACUGGAAUGAAGCUGGAAUAUCCCAGUGGAUAUGCUAUGAAGAAUGUGUGGUACCCAAAGGGAUGCAGUGUGCUGCCCUAUGAAAGCCUGGAAGAACUGGACACGUGUCUGCAAGGGAAGUUUAUUCACAUGUUUGGAGACUCAACUGUAAAGCAAUGGUUUCACUACAUUGAGAGCAAAAGAAAAACGCUCAAACGAUUCCGUCUUUAUGACGAUAAUUGGUCACGCCAACUUUUAAACCUGGACUUAGAGCGAAACAUGAAAAUUUCUUGGAAGAGGCACACCUUCCCUUUUAUCAGCAGCUCGUAUCAAUCAUGGAAAGAGGAGCGCACCAUUGCUCGUGAAAUCGACUUAAUAAGAGGUGAUCAGAGAACUGUGAUCGUGCUGAACAUUGGAGUGCACUUCAGAGCCUACCCCGUCUAUUACUUCAUUAAGAGACUCUAUAAUAUACGGCGGGCUAUAGAGCGUCUGUUCCUUAGAAGCCCGGAAACCAAAGUGAUAAUUAAGACCGAGAACACAAGCCCCAUGGAGAAAGAUUUUGAAACAAUAAGUGAUUUUCAUGCUUCUAUACAAUAUUUAAUAAUGGAAAUAGUCUUCAAAGACCUCAAUGUCAGCUUUGUUAAUGGCUGGGACAUGACCAACGCAUUUGAUACCAAUGAUAUUCAUCCUCCAGAAAUGGUUAUUGGGAACGAGGUUAAAAUGUUGAUGACGUAUAUCUGUUAA